AUGCGGCGCCUCCUUUGUCGGCUGUCCACUGACCCGCCUUACUACCGUAGCCGUCCUCCUUGGAAGGAGGCGGCCUUCCUUCGGACCGCCCAUCUCUUCUCCAACUUUCCUCGUCUUUUCCUUCCUUCAUCCCUAUCCUACGGCUUUGUUCUGCUUAUUUACGCCGAGGGUACUGUAUUUCAAAAAUAAUACUCUCUGAUUAUUCGGGAUGGCUGGUGAUACCAUCGCUUUUAACCAUAUUUUGGGCCAGGUUUGUUAAUUUUUCGCAUUUUUCUGUAAAUCUUCGGGUCGCAUAGAGCAUGGGCUCAACGCUAUGAUUUGUGUUGGGACUUCUGUUUUGACGCCGAACCGUUUUUGGUCGGCUGCACUUUUUUGAGCGUCUUUUGAGACUUUAAACAUGUGACCAUCUUUUUUUAACAAUUUAUAAGAUUUCUGGAAUAUUUAUAUACUUCUCAUCUAUUUUUUUUUUUUGGCUUUUGAUUCAUAUCAAAUUUUACCAUUUACCUCGCUUCUCGCUUGUUUUUUUGUUUUUUUAAAGCCAAAAAUAUCAAAUUUUGCUCAGCUAGUGUUUCAAAUAUACAGAGAAGACGAAACUCCUGGAGAAAAAUUUUUUUCAAUUAUUUUAUUCAUCACAAAAAAAUCUUGAUUCUGAACUUUUUUUUAUUAUUUCAAGGUUUUUCAUAUUUUUUUCUGACUCUUAAAAAGCUUAAAACAUCUAUUUUUUUGUCAAGCUAGUUAAUUAACAAUCAAUUUUUUUCUUUUUCUUUCAUUUUUUUAAAUUGAAUUACAAGGCGUAAUCUCAACGCUUUGGAAAAAGCUCAACAAUUUAUAAUUUUUUUCUGAAACAGUUUUGUAAUAUUUAAUCGACCUGUUGUUGAAGUAUAUUAAGAGGAAAAAAAAAGCUAUUCUCUUGGAUUUUCCUCAAUUUUUCGUCUUUUUAAAGGAUUGAUCAAAGUUCAUCAUUAAAAACGGAAAGUCCUGUUUUAAAAAUGAGCAGUUUCGAAUUUGAGAUUCUUUGGACUUUUUUUUUUGUAGAAAUGGCAUUCUUUCAUCCUGGUAACCAUUAAGGGGCUCGAAAAAAGGCUAAAAAAUCGAAUUUAUUGAAAUAUUUUCUUCAGAACUUUAAGAAUAAGAACGCUUCAACGAAUCGAACAAUUUUCUAAAAAAGACUGGAAAGAAGGUCGUUUUUUCGAGUUUGACCCAUUUUUUCCUCCAAAAAAGCCUAAAAAUCAAAUUUGAUCGAUAAAAACGAAACGUUCGCACUUUAAAGGGGCGCGUCAACCAGCUCGGCGGCGUUUUCAUCAACGGCCGUCCGUUGCCUCAACAUGUACGCGUCAAAAUCAUCGAAAUGGCUUCGAAAGGCAUCAAGUUUGUUUUUUUUCGGAAUUUUUCUCGAGUUUUCUGAAUUUUGUAUGUUUUUCAAGGCUUGAGCUUCAAAAUUCGCAGUUUUAAAACAUUCUAAAAAGUCCAUUUUUUUAAGCUAGAAAUUAAAAAAAUUGUAGGUGUGAUUCUCAUAAAAUUGUUCAUUAUCAGUCAUUUUUCUCUCUUUUCUAUUUUUCUUUUUUUUAAUCUUGCUGAAGGCUAGUUUUCAAAAAAACCGAUCCUAAAUAUUAUCCGAGUUGAGCUAAAAGUUGAGAAAACUUGGUUUACAGUUUUUGAAAAUCUAUUUUUGUUUUUAGUUUUUUUCAGCCCUGUUACAGCAUUUUCAAAGUUGUUCCCAUUUAUAAUCGGAAAUUUAUAAUAUUCUUUAAUUUUAUUCGAUAAUUAUUCCAGACCCUGCCACAUCAGCCGCCAACUUCGAGUCUCCCAUGGAGCCGUCUCGAAAAUCCUCAAUCGGUAUGCUGAAACGGGAUCGAUUUCGCCUGGACAUGUGAGAUUUUAUUUUCAUUGGAUUUUAUUGGUUUGAAAAUUUCUCCACAUUAUAAAAAUGAACGCGAAAUUUUUUUUUUCGACUUUUUUUUUGGUUUUUUUGACUUUCGUAUGCUUUCCUGUGCCUAUCUUGUACUAGGUCGUUUCAAAAAGUACCGUAAUCGUUUUCGUUUGUUAGACUACCGUAGGGCUUACAGUAAUCAUUGUUCUUAUUGAAAACAUAUUUUUUCUUUUGAUGACGUCAGAAGAAAUGAAGAGAAAAUUGGUCUUUCAGUGUUUGAAGAUGAAAAAAUGGGCCACCGUUUACAGUAAUUUUUAAAUCUUUACAGUAAUCUUCAAAAACUGUUACAGUCAUCCUCAAAACCCGUUACAUUAACCCUCAAAACCGUUACAGCAAUCCUCAAAAACCUUCACAGUAAUCCUCAAAGACCGUUACAGUAAUACUCAAAAACCGUUGCAGUAAUCAAAAAAUCCAAUUCCGAUUCAAAAUCGUGUAGAAAAUUAGGAUCUAUAUGGAAAAUUAUAAAAUUCUUGUUUUAUAUUCCUAAACUCAAGUUCUAUCGCUCGAAAAAAGUUUUUUGGUCCACCUCAAAAUUUAUUCAAAAAUUCGAAUUUUCGCGCUCUUUUCCCCGGCCAGCCAGGUGGUUCCAGCUAUCAACAACCCUAUCCCUUCCUUAUUUUUCUGUCAGUAGAAAAUCCCCAACUCGGUUACGGUAGCCUCGGUGAAGAUGAAAAAGGGAAGGCGACAGCUGUCUGCCGCGGUGGCUGUUGCAAAAUCGCCACGGGUGGUCGUCCCCCGAUUUCUUUUCUUCCCUUUCUUAGUCAAUCUACUGUUUCCUACCUGAAUACCUUAGUAGGUAGGUAGACCUAUCAAUCUUCCUAUUUUCAAGAAUUUGAAGCGAAAAACAACUGCAGUUCAUUAAUAAAAAAAAAAGGAAAAGAAGUUAUUUUUGAUGUGGAUCUUUGACUCGAAAUACACGGGAAAUAAAAAGGGAGCCUAGAAAUUGGAAUUUUGGGACAUUUUCACCAUUAGACUGGUUUUUUUCUUCCAGAAAAAUAGCAAAGAAUCAGAAAAAUUGGGGUUACGGUACGGUAUACUGUAAGGCUUAAAAUAGCUCCUUUCCGGUAAGAAAGUUCAAAUUGACUACGUUAUCCGUAUUUUCUCCAGUUGAUACCUUUUUUGAAGAAAAUUAAGUUUCAUAACUUGAAUUUAGGAAUAUAAAACAGAACUUCUAUAGAUUGUUUAUAGAGAUCUAAAUUUCUAGGACUGUUUGAACCGGAAUUUGAAUUAAUAAAAGAAAAAUUAUUCAAAUAGGCGUAAAAGGGGGUUCGCUGCAAAGUUGCUCCAUUGACACACUUUUUUUCAAAACGCCAAAAAUUUUUUUCACUUUUUUUUUCUUUUUCUUCUUGUCUUUAUCUCACGUUUUUUUGUUUCUGUUCUUUUUUAUUCGUAUAUACCGACGCUUGGCUCAGUUCUGGUCAGAAAUACGAGAAUUUCAAUCAUCUUAAUGUUUUAAAUGUUUUUUUGUGCAGAUAAUUUUCAAGUUUGGAUCAGUAAUAUAUACUUUUAUCUGAUUUAUCAUGUUAAAAUGAUUAUUUGUCGAUUUUAACUUUUGAAAUUUGAAGAUCGGCGGCAAUCCGAAGGCUCGAAGUACAGUCCAAGCUGUUGAAAAAAACAACUUUUGCUCGUUUUCGACCAAAAAUCCGGAUAUGGGCGCCUCGGAACUCCGCGAACAGUUGAUUCAGCAAGGUUUGUGAUUUUUGAAGUAUUUUUGGAAAAGUAGAAUUUGAAAUUUUCUGAAAAUUUUCGGUUUUUGUGUGGAAGAAGUACAUAAAAACACGUUUUUCAAAGGUUUUUAAAUUAUUAAACUCGAAACUGCACCAUUUUUGAAUGAAGUGUUCAUUUAACUUUUCUAAAAUCGAUUUUUUAAAUUUUUAAUGGACUUUCUAACAAAAGAAAUUCUCUCUGAAUCCAUGAAUCCUUCCAUUUUCUACGCCUAUUGCCCAAUUUACGGGCCCUCACGGGCAGACGUAAAUUGCAUAAUCCGCCACGCGUCUGUAAAGUGCAAACGGUUGUGGCGACCUUGCUUUUAUUAUAUUUUAGCCUAGGCGCGUAAAAUUAUGUAACUAAAGACAUAAAAUAUAUUUUAUUGUUCCAGAAAUUUGCACGAGAAGUUCGGCGCCCACAAUUUCUGCCAUCAAUAGGCUGAUUAAAAGUCGCGGAUGUUUGAAAGAGAAAAAGGAGAAGCCGAAACGGCUCAGCUACAGUAUCGACAGUAUCCUCGGCAUUUCUAUCGGUAAUUUUUUCUUGCAAAAAUUUUUUUCGAAUCCUUAUCAUAGUGAUAAGAACGCGCGCGGUGACCUAUACGCGCCAGCCGCGAUUAGCCGUCACAUGGGGGUAUAGCUCAGUGGCAGAGCAUUCGACUGCAGAUCGAGAGGUCCCCGGUUCAACUCCGGGUGCCCCCUACUUCCUUUUGCCAUUUUCUUCGCUUGAACUGCUUUGAUUGCUUUUCUCACGAUUCCGCGUCCUUCAUCAAUUUUCGUAUGUUGCACCUUUACUGUACAGUAAUCGAAAAGGAAACGGCUUGAUUUGAAUCGCGGAAAAAAAAAGUGCCGCGCGCUUCGCAGAUUGUGGCUGUCAAAGUGGAACACUUUUUUCGUGCGCCUGUAUGCGUAAGGGUUACUGUAGUAAGAGAAGGUUUUCAAAGUGCGGGUAGUGAGGUUUUUGAAGUGAGGGGAAGUGUGAAGAAAAAGUUGAAAAGUUCAUUUUUGACUUCAAAAAUUAGAUUUUAAGGACAGGUUGGUACAUUAUAAUAGUGUUGAGACUGUGAAAUAAGGUUUGGGGGUUAUUUGGUACGUUAAUCUAGUUCAAAAACUCACACAUGACUUCAUUAAUUAACCUUUUUUGACUCUAAAAAAUCAUACUGAGUAGCGGGAAAUUAAAAAAAAAUACCCUGAGCGACAAUUUUUUUGAAGAGCACAUAUCCAGCUCUUAUAGGGGACGAAAAAGUGGUUCCUAUAGAGGUAAAAUUUAAGUGGUCCCUAGAGGGGUUUGGAGUCUGACCCCUUAGCCCCUAAAGCUUGAGUGGUCCCUAUAGGGGUCUUUCAACUUCAUUUGAAAAACGCCUUUUUAUAUUUAAUUUUUCCCAUGUAAAUGCUUCGUCGCAAUGAGUACUUAAAAGUAUGGGGGCCACUUACUAAAAACCCCUAUAGGGACCACUUUAGCAAGCUCUAUUCGCCCUCUAGAGUUUGGUAAGUGGUCAUUGGAGGGGACCCUCCAAGGUGCCCUCAUGUUGCCCCUAUAGGGACCCCUCUGAAAAUUUUUUUCUUUAUUUUUUCUUGAAAAAAACCUUUUCCGAAAAAUUCAGUUUUAUGUUUUAAAACGGUAAGAUCAUUCCAGAAAAAUAUCAAUUUAACUGAAAAUUUCAUUACCCAUUUUCUCCAAAUUUUAACCUGGGUUACGGUAGAACGAGUCUCUCCGUCUGUUUCACACCAUUUUCACAGCGCCGCCGAAAAACAUAUACGCCACUUAAUCGCCUCGUUUAAAUCAACCCCGCCUGAGGCGGCGCCGUCGUCGUCGGUGAUAAGGAAAGGUGAUAAGAAGGGUGAUGAGAAGCGUUAACGAGAUGAUCCAAAGUGUUAUGGGCCUGGGAACGCCGGCAUCGGCUACCGUAAGCCUUAAACAAUAAGGAAAAAAAAAUAGUAGUUGAUUUUUGAAUGGCCUUUUGGCUGAGUGUGACCUUUGUAAAAGGGGGAUAUUUUUUACCUGAAUUUUAGCGGAAGUUAGAAAGUUAGUUUCGAAGUCAUAAAAACAUGAUAAUGCCGGGAAAAAAAUGGUUGCCGUAAAAUUUAGAUAAUUAAAAUUAUUUUUUUGAAGAUUAAUUUUUCUUCUUUCUUACUAACAGCGUCGCUUGUUCCAAACGAUAUUGAUUUUUUAUAACGUCAUAAUUUUUUUUUAUAAAAAAUGGUUUUCAAACUCCAGUAUGUUAUCCCUUCAAGAACCAGAAAAUAGCCUUUUUUAUUUUUUCGUGCUCAAAAAUUAACGUCAUCAUUUUGACUGAUUCAUCAAGAUUUCUUCAAAAAACUUGCAUAUUUUUUUUUCGUCCCUCAGAAGUUACCUCAUUAUUCAAGUUCGCACUGUUUAAUGACGUCAUUUAACCUCGGAAUCCCAACCUAUCCAUGUCCCUCACAAAUAGAUCGUUUCCAAAGAAAUCUUUAGUAGCCUAUGAUUUGCUCUUCUCACGCCAACCGUGUACAACGGGCGCGGCUAAAUUGCCCGCGAAAACGAUGCGAUUUGAAUAGAAUCGUAGUGGAAGUGAGGAGUUGAACGGAAGGAAGAAGUGAUAGUUAAGUUUGAAUGGAAUCGAAAUGGAACAAGGGAAAAAAAAAGCGAUGCGUUCAAUGUCACACACAAAAGACAGACGUAGCCGGGCGCCAAUAUGGCUGUCGGUGGAUAGUUUUCAGAGGGGUUACGGUAGUUUGGAUGGCAUUUUUGAGGGUUUUGGAAGAAUUUUUAGGGUUAAGAAAUAUUUUUGAGUUUACCUUGAGAGUCAUAAGGUUCCUGGAGCUGGUAGAUGAACUUAUAAGAUUUUUUGAAAUAAAUUCAGAAAGAUUUAAUUGAAAUUUGAGGAUGGAAAGGUUAUUUUUCAAACUGUUUUUAAGGUUGAUUACUACGGCUUUUCAUAAAUUUCUUGAUCUAGGUUGAGAAUUUUAAUUCUACUCAAUUUUUAAAAUGUUCUAUGAACUGAAUUUUUUUUUGAGAAACGAAAAUUGGAUUUUUUUUUUUAAGUUGAAGCGGUCUAUCUCCAUCUCAAAGCAAAGUUGAGAAACUAAAGAGGUACUGAAAUUAUUUUGUAACAUUUUAAUCAAUAUUUUGACCGCUUUGAGCCUUUAGUUCUUUCAGAAUGGAUCACAAUGUAGUGAGACUCCUCCAAGCCCAAAAACUACGCCACAUAAUUAAUUAAGGUAGAUCGAUUAGAGACCUACAGGUGCGAUAUUUCGCGCAGCAGCAGCAAGGCCCCAGUGAGUCAAUAAAAAUAAAUCGGACACCCGCCGCAAUAAAUUAGCGAAUUAGUGUGACUUUCGCGUUGAUUCCCAACGGCGAUAGGUCCACGAAACUUUUGCAAUAAACAAUUGGCUUCUGAUAUCGAUCUUGAAGCGAGUAUAUAUCGUUGCCCCGACAAUUAGGUAACACCUAACGUCUUCCUCUUCCUCCUCUUAUUCAACGUCUUCUUCGUAGGAUUCGCGCAACAUCGUAAAUUUGUUCUAAACGACUGUCGCUCGCGCCCGCGCGCGUACCGUUCAUUAACUCGUCGUUUCCCCGUUUUUUGGCAACUUUUUUUUGGGAGGGGUAGUUUAGAGGAAGAAUGGGAUGUUUUGGUUUGGAAAGGGGGAAGGAUAAUAUUAUUGGAGUUUGAGGAUUUUAUGUAGAUCUGGAGAGUUCAGAAGCUGUCAAGGAGGCUUUUGAAAAGUUAGUGAGCUUGAAGAAGCUGUCAGAAGCAACUGCACCUUUUUAAGAGCUUGAUCUGAAAUUUCUAGGUACAUAGACAUAUCGCUUUCCAAGUUUUCACUCUAUCUGGAGGUUCUAGAAGCUUCAAGGUUCGUUUGCCAAUUAGAGCCAACCUGACCUUUCUAAAAUUUUCGAAACGACUUUUGAAAUUAUUAAAAGGCUUCCCAACGGUUUGAAAUUUUAACAAAGUCUCCAGAAGCUUUAUGACAUUUUUUAACCAUUUGAGGUUGAUAUUAAAACUUUUACAAAUUCUAGACGAUUUUAACAGUUUUUAAUGGAUCUGAAGCAUUCUAAGCUUUGCAGAAAAAAAAAAUCAAAAACUCGAGCAUAUGGCCCAACUAAAUCUGCCAGUCUGUUCGGGACCUCCUUCCAGGAAGGCCCGGACAACUAUCAAUUAGUUUGGACCGACCUCAUCCGCGAAAAACGGCGCCACUUCAAACAUAUGGCAUCAUGAGUUGGCUAAUCCGUUUUGCGGAAGCGAAGUUAGAGGUCUUCGGACGAUCAGGACAAUUGAUCAAAGGGCCGACCUGUCAGAUGGAUUAAGAGGAGAUCUUUUUUACCUGUUGAGGGAUUACCGAUAAGCCUUGGAACGUGUCUUUGUAAAUAGGAAAUGAGCGGAAAUUGAAGUUUUUGGAAAGGGGCAUGGAGUUUGAGUAGAAUUUAGUUCGUGAAUUUUUUAAAUAAAAUUAUCCUUUAAGUUUGGAAUAUCUACCAGCUCUUAACUAUGUUUUGAGGUUGGAGAAAGCUUUUGGAAAAUAAUCAGUAAAUUUGAAAACUCUAGGAGUUCAAUAGAAGGUCAAGAAGCUCUUUCAUCGUUUUAAAAAUCAAUUCAAGCCUCAAGAACUUUUACAUUUGAUUGAAAAAUUCAUCUACACAUUUCUCAAGUCAGGAUAUGCUUUUUUAAGGUACUGAAAAUGAUCUUAGACUUUCAGAACCCUUGAAAAGUCCUUUAUAAAGUUGAAAACCUCCUUAUCUUACGAAAAUCAGUCGUGCACUCUCAAAAAAUUUCCAUAUCAAGUAGACAACUAUCACACCUCGGUCAAAAGAGGUUAACUCGAGUGUAAAUCAACCGAGAAUCGAGCGCGGCGAGAUCAAAUGAGGCACAAUGAUUGUAUCGAUAGACGCCUCCGUUGUCGUCAAAAAUCAAGGGGUUCACACGUGCCAAACGUCUGGGGUGAAUCAUUUACGCAAGGCUCAAGGCUACCGUAGUUUUACUUUUUUCAGAGGGAAUUUUUGAGGGUUUUGAAGUUCGUAAGGUGUUUACUAGUCUUUGGAAGCUGUGCACUCAAAUCUACCUCCUCGAUUUAUUUUAUUCCUUUGCUUCCAGACGACUGCAAGUCCUCAUCUUCAUCAUCCGACGACGACUGCACGUCUCCCACAGAGUCUUCGAGAAGGAAUCGGACUUCGUUCAGCGCCGAGCAAUUGGAAGCCCUGGAGACGGCUUUCAAGGCCAACACGUAUCCAGACCAGGCCGAACGUGAGGCCAUCGCCAGAGAGGCCGGCCUCAGCGAGGACAAAGUCGUGGUAAGUAAGGCCAGCUGAGCCGCGGAACCGAUAGAAAUGUAGGCGCUGCCAAAUUUGAAGGAAGUUAGGGCGCUGCCAAAUUUGAAGAAAAUCCAGGCGCUGCCAAUUUUGAAUAAAGUUUAGGCGCUGCCAAUUUUGAAUAAAGUUUAGGCGCUGCCAAAUUUGAAGAAAGUUUAGGCGCUGCCAAAUUUGAAGAAAGUUUAGGCGCUGCCAAAUUUGAAGAAAAUCCAGGCGCUGCCAAUUUUGAAUAAAGUUUAGGCGCUGCCAAUUUUGAAUAAAGUUUAGGCGCUGCCAAUUUUGAAGAAAAUCCAGGCGCUGCCAAUUUUGAAUAAAGUUUAGGCGCUGCCAAUUUUGAAUAAAGUUUAGGCGCUGCCAAUUUUGAAUAAAGUUUAGGCGCUGCCAAAUUUGAAGAAAAUCCAGGCGCUGCCAAUUUUGAAUAAAGUUUAGGCGCUGCCAAUUUUGAAUAAAGUUUAGGCGCUGCCAAAUUUGAAGAAAGUUUAGGCGCUGCCAAAUUUGAAGAAAGUUUAGGCGCUGCCAAAUUUGAAGAAAAUCCAGGCGCUGCCAAUUUUGAAUAAAGUUUAGGCGCUGCCAAUUUUGAAUAAAGUUUAGGCGCUGCCAAUUUUGAAGAAAAUCCAGGCGCUGCCAAUUUUGAAUAAAGUUUAGGCGCUGCCAAUUUUGAAUAAAGUUUAGGCGCUGCCAAUUUUGAAUAAAGUUUAGGCGCUGCCAAUUUUGAAUAAAGUUUAGGCGCUGCCAAUUUUGAAGAAAAUCCAGGCGCUGCCAAAUUUGAAGAAACUUUAGGCGCUGCCAAAUUUGAAGAAACUUUAGGCGCUGCCAAAUUUCGAGGAAGCUUAGAAAAUUAAUGACGAAGGAAGUGCGCUCUAUAGUUAUUCGAAAAACCAUUCGCAUUUUCUGGGGAGCAUUUUAAUUUGUUUUUCUGUAUAUUUUGUUUUGUUGUUAAAAAAUUCACAGAUUUUCAUGAAAAAUUUACUUUUCAUUUUCUUUUUCAGACUUGGUUCUCCAAUCGGCGAGCACGGUGUCGGAAGCACAUGCCUCUGUAUCCGCAGGUCUUUCCGGCGAUGGUUCAGACUUCUCCAGUUACACCGGUAUGUUUUUGUCUUAUUACCAUAGAUAUGUACAGUAACAUUGAGAGAAAAAGGUUUGAAAGCUCGAGAAUUCAUUUUCAGAAUCAGUUACUUUUUUUUUUUAAACCUGUAGAAGAAUUUAGUUUGUCAUACUGUACAAAAUUCAAAUUUUCAGCAAAUUCCCUAUCAGCCGAUGACGUCGCCAAUGUCGAUGUUCAUUCCGACGUUUCCGAACCUCCAGAAUCUUCAGAAUCUCCAGAAUCUCCAAAACCCUCUCAUUUUCCCAUCGGCUUUCUUCGCCCCGACCUCUUCUUCAGUUUCUCCCAAGUCUUUUGAAUGA